UGGGCCGUGCUGCGGCAGCGGAGGCGGAGGCAGGCGCGGCCUGGGGGCGCCGGCCCGAUGGGGCGGGUGACAGCGGCCGGGGAGGGGCGGGCGGCGCGGCGUCCACGCCCUUCACUCCGACCGGAGGGGUCCUCGGGCGCGCGGCGGGGCGGGCGGGUGAGGCGCUCGGGUCGGACGCGGCGCCAUGCGUGGCCCUCUUGCCUGGCCGCUGCUGCUGCUCACGCGGCGGGGCCCGGUCGCCCGCGCGGGGACGUCAUCGGCCCACCAGUGGACCCGGGCCGCCCGGGCGUGGACCCCGGCCACAGGCACCUGGACAGAGUCGGCCCAUGAGUGGACCCGGGCUGCCCGCAUGUGGACCCCGGCCGCGCGCGCAUGGACGUCGUCGGCCCACGAGCGGACCCAGGCCGCCCGCGCCCCUGGCCUCCUGUCGGUGCGGCCGGGGCUGCUGAGCGGAGCGGGCCUUACUCGGGUCCCGGGGCGCUGGGCCGGGUCCCAGGGCGCCGGACUCCAGGGCGGCCCUGCAGCGGUGGCACGAGCAAGGGCCGAAGCAGGGCGGCACCGACCGGUGGAGAGCCCCGGGGACGACUGGCGGACGCGUCCCGCUGUGACCGGGCGCUCGGAGAUCCGGAAGCUGGUGGGGCUGGUGCGCCCGGAGCGCGGGAGGCUGGCAGCCGCCGUUGGGUUCCUGGCCGUGUCCAGCGUGGUCACCAUGUCUGCCCCUUUCUUCCUGGGGAAGGUCAUUGACGUCAUCUAUGCCGGCCCCACCGUGGACCACAGCGCCAGCCUGACCGACCUCUGCCUCGGGCUGACCUGCGUGUUUCUGUGUGGUGCUGCUGCCAACGCCGUCCGCGUCUACCUCAUGCAGUCUUCAGGUCAGCGUAUUGUGAACAGGCUGCGCACCUCGCUGUUCUCCUCUGUUCUGAGGCAGGAGAUUGCUUUCUUUGACAAGACUCGAACAGGAGAAUUGAUCAACCGCCUCUCCUCAGACACUGCACUCCUGGGGCGCUCAGUGACUGAAAACCUCUCGGACGGGCUCAGGGCUGGAGCCCAGGCCUCGGUGGGCGUUGGCAUGAUGUUUUUCGUCUCGCCUGCCCUGGCCACCUUUGUCCUGAGCGUGGUGCCUCCGAUGUCCAUCCUCGCGGUGGCUUACGGGCGAUACCUGAGGAACCUGUCCAAAGCCACACAGGACUCUCUGGCGCAAGCCACACAGCUGGCCGAGGAGCGCAUUGGAAACAUCAGAACCGUGCGAGCCUUUGGGAAAGAGCUUACUGAGGUGGAGAAAUACUCCCACAGGGUGGACCGCGUCAUGCAGUUGGCAAGGAAGGAGGCCUUUGCUCGGGCUGGCUUCUUUGGAGCAACAGGGCUGUCCGGGAACCUGAUCGUGCUGUCUGUCCUGUACAAGGGAGGACUGCUGAUGGGGGCUGCCCACAUGACGGUGGGGGAGCUCUCUUCCUUCCUCAUGUAUGCCUUCUGGGUUGGACUGAGCAUUGGAGGUCUGAGCUCUUUCUACUCGGAGCUGAUGAAGGGCCUGGGUGCCGGCAGCCGGCUCUGGGAGCUCCUGGAGAGGCAGCCCCAGCUCCCUGUUGACGAGGGGGUCACCUUACAUGAGAAGAGCUUCCAAGGUGCCUUGCAGUUUAAGAAUGUGCACUUUGCCUAUCCGGCUCGCCCAGAGGUGCCCAUAUUUCAGGACUUCAGCCUUUCCAUCCCAGCAGGCUCUGUCACAGCUCUGGUUGGCCCAAGUGGUUCCGGCAAAUCGACUGUGGUCUCGCUCCUCCUUCGACUGUAUGACCCCCUUUCUGGAGCUGUCCUUCUCGAUGGCCAUGACAUCCGCCAGCUAAACCCAGCCUGGCUGAGAUCCAAGAUUGGGACAGUCAGUCAGGAGCCAGUUUUGUUUUCUUGCUCUAUCGCUGAGAACAUCGCUUACGGCGCCGACUGCCCUUCCUUGGUGACGCCGGAGCAGGUGGAGAGGGCUGCGGAGGCCGCCAACGCGGCGUCCUUCAUUCGGAACUUCCCUCAAGCCUUCCACACUGUGGUGGGGGAGAAGGGCGUGCUGCUGUCAGGUGGACAGAAACAGCGGAUUGCUAUUGCCCGGGCCCUGCUUAAGAACCCCAAAAUUCUUCUCCUGGAUGAAGCGACCAGCGCGCUGGACGCAGAGAAUGAGCACCUUGUGCAGGAGGCUCUGGAUCGACUGAUGGAGGGCAGGACGGUGUUAGUCAUUGCCCACCGCCUGUCUACCAUCAAGAAUGCUGACGUUGUUGCUGUUCUUGACCAUGGAAAAAUCGCCGAGCACGGGAAGCACGAAGAACUGCUUUCGAGGCCAAAUGGGAUGUACAGAAGACUAAUGGACAGACAGAACUUCUCUGCAGCCUGAGACGCAGCGCCCGGGGCACCAAGCCCAGGGACUCUGUGCAGAGGGAACGAGAGACUGAUGAAAUCUGCAAUCUGCACUGCAGGAUACUUGAAGUGUGUCUGUUCCCCAAAGUUCGUAGAAUGUUGUUUUGAAAUGUCCCUGUCCUCAAGACUGCUCUUGUCAGCGUCUUAGUGAGUGACCUUCUCAGUGUCCACCGCGCCGGGCCUUCUCCCGGCUCUGACUCUCCUUCCUGUCGCGGUGCUGGGCUCAGGGUCACCCAGCGCCUCAUGCUCCUUUGCCUGCUUUCUAGAGUCAUGCUGUUGGGAAAGACAGCUUCUGAAGGGGAUUAUGAAUGAAGAGCCAUGACUGCGGACCAGUUUAGCACACACUGUGACCCAGGCCUCCUCUCACUGGGCGGGGUAGCGAAACUCUGGGCCUUCACUGUGCCUGGAACAGAGAAGCAGAGCUCCUGGCAGACAGCGGCAGUGAGCGUUGGGUAGAGGAGAGGAAGGCUCCCCGGCCCACCCCACUUCAGAGGCGGGAGUUCCCGCACGUGUGAUCCUGGGGUGAACGUCUGCACGUGUGUGGUUUCCAACAUCUUGGCACCUGGAGGCCUGGCUAGUUUUAAAAAGGGAAGGAAGCUCUUCCUUGAAUGGGAAAGCUUCGAGUUCUUUGUUCACGUGUUUCUCUGAGUACUCUUGGGCAAGGCAUGACCUGCUGGGUACCACCAAGGAAGAGGGAUGAAGGCGAGCUUCACACUUCAGUUGGAUGAGACAUGAUUUGAAAAUUAUCUGUCAAAAGCUUAUGAUCCCGGGGCUGGGGAGAUAGCUCAAUUGGUAAAGUGCUUGCCUUGCAAGUACAGGACCCUGGGUUCGCUCCCCAGCACUGCAAAAAAAAAAAAAAAAAAAAAAAAAAAAAUUGGCAAAAGCUUAUGAUCCCCAAACUAAAAUUUAUAGGUUUUAUAAUACUUUUGAAACGUCAUGAAUACAGCUAAAAUCUGAAUAACAUGGCUGUAAUUUUCAGCUGUAAGAUGUUUGAAGAAAGUUCAAAAGCCCUGCUGCUCUGCAGAACCAGGAACCUUCUGUGGUGGCACUGUCCUGGGAGGACACCACGGGUCCGCUUCCCAUAUUUAUGGGCAUAGUUUUGUUCACCGGAAUGUCUCAGUUCCUGAAACAAAGCAACAGACACCAAGUUUGCCAUGUUCUGAUUUGCCCUGGUACUUGUGGUUGCCUCAAGAAAAAAUGCUUUUCUGCAUCAGUGAUGUGGAGGCUGAAUCGCUGAGCUGGCAUGAAUUGGAAGCUCCCUGUGCCCCGACGUGCCUCAGUCCCUGUCCUCCUGGAAGAAGCUGCCCCUGUUUCAGCAGAGGCAUGGAGUAUUGUGUUUCUUUUGACAAAAGGGAAUUUAAUAAUGAAUACAGUGGAUUCAAAGGAUGAGUGAAUGUGGUGUUUUUGAGUUAAUAAACAGUACCUCUGUGACAAUCAUUUUAGUAAGCUUUGUGUGUAUUCUCUACAGUUUGCUUUUUCAGUGUUGUUCCCAGAAGACAGACGGAACACGAGCCUAGGUCAGGUGCGGGGGACUCUGUUCCACAUAGGUAUUUACAAGACUGAGUUU